AUGCAGAGAAACAAAAAGAAGAAAGCAAGGAGACACCCAAAUUCUUCCCACCUGGAGACAUCCGUCAUCAACCCUGUGCUUUUUGCGAUCUUUGCAUUUGCAACAUGCGGUGGCUACUCGGGCGGCCUGCGGCUGAGCGUGGACUGCGUCAACAAGACGGACAGUAACCUCAGCAUCGACGUAGCGUUUGCCUACCCGUUCAGGUUGCACCAGGUGACAUUUGAGGUGCCCACCUGCGAGGGAAAGGAGCGGGAGAAGCUGGCACUGACUGGGGACUCCUCAUCUUCAGCCGAGUUCUUUGUCACCGUCGCCGUCUUCGCCUUCCUCUACUCCUUGGCCGCCACUGUCGUUUACAUUUUCUUCCAGAACAAGUAUCGUGAAAACAACCGGGGUCCACUCAUUGACUUCAUCGUCACUGUAGUCUUUUCGUUCCUGUGGUUGGUGGGGUCAUCAGCUUGGGCAAAGGGACUGUCUGAUGUCAAGGUCGCAACGGAUCCCAAAGAAGUAUUGUUACUGAUGUCAGCUUGCAAGCAGCCGUCCAACAAAUGCAUGGCUGUCCACAGCCCUGUGAUGUCCAGCUUAAACACUUCUGUGGUCUUUGGAUUCUUGAACUUUAUCCUGUGGGCCGGAAACAUCUGGUUUGUUUUCAAGGAGACCGGCUGGCAUUCCUCAGGACAGAGGUAUCUCUCGGAGCCCAUGGAGAAGCACUCGAGCAGCUACAGCCAAGGCAGGUACGCCCAAGACAGCUAUGGGUCCGGCGGGGGGUCCGGCCAGCAGGCCAGCCUGGAGCCAUCCUCCGAUGAGUUUGGCCAACAGCCCAGCGGCCCUGCCUCCUUUGCCAAUCCCAUUUAGCGGGUAGUAUUUGCGUUCUGGAGGUAGCCUCACCACCUUCCAGUGGCAGAAGAAUCUUUAAGUUCCAAUCACUUAUUAAUGCAGAGAGUGUUGAAGGUAAAUCAGAGAUCUGUAAUCCUCGCUAAGGCAGAAAGGCUGUGUCAUGAUAAACGGUACUUAGAGAGGAGAUGACAUGAGGAGAUACAUUAUUCAUCAAAGAUGGCUAAUUGGAUAUCACACCUUGUUAGAUACACAGAUACUUUCAUAGUCAUUUUGUAUGUGUGUUGAGAUAGUAGAAACUUGCUGUAGCUUCAAGUCUCUAGUAUGUAAUAUGCAUAAAUUAAAUAGCACUGAGUUUUCCUAUGCAUUUUGAUGCAAAAGUCAUUUUAAUGAUUUCUAUAAGACAACUUGGUGUGUCACAAUGUGCAUGCAUUAUUAUUUUUUAGCUGUAGGCUCUAUAGGAUUGUGAGUCUCAAGUAUUUGUUUCAGACAGUUACUCUGGUUUUGUUUUGUUUUUUUACUUGAUGAAUCAAUACUCAUAUGAUUUAGUGCAUGCAUAGGCAUUUUCUCACAAGGUGAACAUUUCAAUGGUAUUUAUGAAAUUUUUUCAAUUUGCACCAUGAAUUUGUUAAAUGGACGUUUCAAAAUAUAUAUUCAUACUUUGUAUACUUGCAAAUUUGUCUCUCUAGCUUCCCUAAUUCCGAAUGCAUUGUAACUAAGGUUUAGGGUUCUUUUAUCCUUACUAGUAGUUAUUCAAUAUUAAUAUAUGGUAAUUGCCCAAUAUUUAUUCCAUUUACUUAGUUAAAUAUUUACAUUCUUGUAACUUUCUAUGGUAUAUUGUGGAUCUUACCAAGAACAAAAGACCCAAUAACUGUUUGUGUUUAUACAGUGCUGUUUUCUUAGACUAAUAGAGAUGCAGAUAUCAGACACCAUAGUCAAGAAGCUAUUGCGUUGACAUAUUAGUUUAAAGAGGAUAUUCUGUAGAACCUAGACUACUAGCUAAACUUUUAAAUCCUAUUUGUUUACAAAGUUAAUAUGUUCUUCAAUUCAAUUAUUAAAAAUUUUCAAGUCUCACCUCAACUUACUAAUUCUAAUUUGAAUGUUACCCAUAAAUUAAAAAUUACUUCCAUGAGCCACUCCACAUCCCAAAGAGGGUUCUCAUGAAAGAUCCCCCGGAAUGUAUACGUUAUCAAGAAAAUGCCAAUCUUUGCCUCUUUGUUUUUACUCAGUUGAAACACCAGGGCCCAACCGUGAGGGAAACUUGUAUGUAUUUCUACAUCAGUCAGUAUCAGUGUGUAAACUCAUUGUGUGAUCUGUGAUGUUGGGAACAUUUUAAUACAAAACAGUGUUAGAUGAUAUCUGUAACCAGUUUCUGGAUCCUGUUGGAUAUGUAUUGUGCUAUCUAUUUGACCUUAAUAAAGUUGUUGCAUACAA